AUGUCGGCUCAUCCACCAGAGCGAGUAACACCGUCGCCACCUUUUACACACACUGGGCUAGACUAUGCUGGACCUGUUAAUGUUCGCACAACCCCAGGACGUGGACAUAAAUCACACAAGGGCUACAUCGCGCUCUUCGUGUGUAUGGUCACUCGCACAAUCCACUUGGAACUAGUGUCAGAUUAUUCAACACCGACAUUCUUGGCUGCAUUCGACAAAUUCGCGUCGCGUCGUGGAUUACCAUCGGAUUUAUACAGCGACUAUGGUACCACUUUCCAAGGAGCAGAACGUGAACUCAGGAAAGUCAUAGACGAAGUGUACCAGAACCCUGACGUUCAAGCCAACAUCGCAACGAAGAGAAUCGAGUGGCACUUCAUCCCUCCCAGCUCUCCACAUUUCGGUGGACUUUGGAAAGCAGGAGUGAAGUCAGUAAAAAACCUGGUGAAGAGACUGCUAGACGACUACACGCCAACCUUCGAAGAAUGUACUACACUGCUAAGUAAAAUCGGGUGCAACUUGAACUCGAGACCACUUGGACUCCUCCGCGAUGAUCCUGAAGAUAUCGCUGUCUUAACUCCCGGACACUUCCUCAUCGGCCGACCAAUGAACGCGGUUCCAGCCUCAUCCACAUUAGAACUGAAGCAGAACAGGUUAUCGCGUUGGCAGUUCAUCCACCACCUCAAUGAGAACUUCUGGAAUUGCUGGAGGAAUGAGUAUCUCCACAUGCUACAGACACGACAGAAGUGGCGCGCAGAACGGGAGAACUUACGAAUAAAUGACAUAGUUCUCAUCAAGGACCUCGCGACUCCACCAUGCAAGUGGCCCCUAGCCCGCGUCUUCAAAACAUACCCAGGAGAGGACGGCAAGGUUAGAGCUGUAAAGGUGAAGACGGGCACUUCAACGUACACUCGACCAAUCGUGAAGCUGAUCCCCCUGCACGUGAGAGACUCCAUGGCGGACGGUGAACCGCCGCAGGGGAUAUAA